AUGGCUGAGAAAAUGGGAAAAGAGCCUGAGGCAGAGUGCCCGGUCUGCUGGAACUCAUUCAACAAUACUUUCCGAACCCCCAAGCUCUUAGACUGCCGCCACUCCUUCUGCAUCGAAUGCCUGGCCCACCUGAGCCUGGUCUCUUCCUCCCGGCACCGGCUGCUGUGCCCCUUGUGUCGCCACCCUACAGUCCUGGCUUCAGACCGGCCGGUGACUGACCUGCCCACAGACGCUGCCAUUCUUACCCUGCUCCGCUUAGAACCCAACCACAUCAUUCUGGAGGGCCGCCAUCUCUGCUUCAAGGAUGAGCGCAAAAGCCGAUACUUCUUGCGCCAGCCCAGGGUCUACACCCUCAACCUGGGGGUCGAACCGGAGAGCCAAGCAGGUCCACCCCAGCAGGGGGCGUUGCCUCCCGCCCCCGUGCCCAUCCCCAGCCACAUGUCCCUUCGAGAGUGUUUCCGAAACCCUCAGUUCCGAAUCUUUACCUACCUGAUGGCUGUCAUCCUCAGUGUUGCCUUACUGUUAAUCUUCUCCAUCUUCUGGACUAAACAGUUCCUCUGGGGUACAGGGUGA